GUUGGCGAGCACAAAAGCGUGCGCAACGCGCAACUAUUGUUUGUUUACCUUGCUACGGUCAAGUUAUUCAGUUCGUAUUUGAGUGCUGAUUUAGACGGAAUUAUGAUCGUUUUCAAAAUGGCCAGCGGGAGCGAUGAGCCUGCCUGUGUCCAGCUAUGAAGACCUUCUAGCUCGCGUUCGCGACCUCACUCUGGAAACAAGGCGUCUGCAGCAACAACUCGAGGAACCUACGGAGUCGACCCAGCCGCCAAGACCCCAAACUCAAAAUGAGCGGGUGAGCAACGGCUACAGAGGUGGUGAGUCACGACCAGGGGUGAGAAACAGCUGGCCCGCUGCGCCGCCCCCGCGCUCUCUGCCCCUGCUUCCGACAACCACGGCCGCAGCAAGAGUGCUGCUAGGAGGAGACUCGAGACCGUCAACGUACAGUUACACAGACUGGGACUCGCCUUGGGCCAAUGGCCGCCCCCGGAGGAACAAGGGGUGCCGUUCUCCUCAGCUCCUGGGAGAUUCUUUGAUCACUCCGCCGGCCAAAGACGAUGAAAUGGAGCAUCUUAAAAAUAGCUCCCAGGCUUCAAAAACCGAGCAGGACGAUGUCCUAAACGGCAGGCUAAGCGCAAAUAGUGCGCGUUCACAUCAGUCUUCCUCUAGCCUAGAAGACGUUAAUCAAGACGUGACUCCUGAAGGACCAAACAGCAUGUCAUCGACAUAUCAGGCGUCAUGGCUUGCUGAUCGAAACCUUUGGCACAGUGGUCCAUCCAGCAUUGGAGGCGGCCAGCAAGAUGUAGCCAGUGUCAUGAGCUUUGCAUUCAGUGCAAACUCGGCAAAUUCUUCAGAGCUUAGUGGUCCUGUUAGUGCUAGAAGAUCAUACAGUCAGCAAACUUUAGGGCCUAAGGUGGAGAUGGUGUACAGCCUUCUCUCAAUGCUUGGCACACACAACAAAGAUGAUAUGAGCAAAACUCUGCUGGCAAUGAGCUCGUCUCCCGACAGCUGCAUUGCAAUGAGGCAGUCAGGCUGCUUGCCUAUACUGGUGCAGCUCCUGCAUGGUGAUGAAAGUUUGAAGACCCGAAAAAUAGCAGCUAAAGCCUUGCACAAUCUUGUCCACUCCCACCCUGAUGACAAAAGAGGCAGAAGGGAGGCUCGAGUUCUCAAGCUUUUAGAGCAGGUCCGUGAUUAUUGUGAUUUGCUGGCAAGUUCAGAUGAUUUGGACGCGCCUGUUGAUGAAGAGGAUGACCCUAAGAGGCACCCUGGUCCUACCGUGAUCGCUCUAAUGAAGCUGUCUUUUGACGAAGAGCACAGGCACGCCAUGUGCCAGCUGGGUGCAUUACACGCAGUUGCCCAGCUGAUUCAGGCUGAUCACGAGGCGCACGGGUCAGACAGCAACGACCAGUACUGCAUCACCUUGAGAAGGUAUGCAGGAAUGGCUUUGACCAAUCUCACCUUUGGAGAUGGCACCAACAAAGCCCUCUUGUGCUCCUUCCAAGGAUUCAUGAAAGCUCUUGUAGCCCAGCUUAGGUCACCUAGUGAGGAUUUAAGACAAGUGACCGCCAGUGUUUUGCGGAAUUUGAGCUGGAGAGCAGAUCCUGCAUCGAAGACGACUCUGCACGAGGUUGGUGCUGUUAGGGGACUGAUGGAAGCUGCGAUGGAUGCUAAGAAGGAGUCAACUUUGAAAUCCAUUUUGUCAGCGCUAUGGAAUUUAAGUGCUCACUGCAGCGCUAAUAAGGCUGAAAUUUGCCAGGUCGAGGGUGCCUUGGCGCUCUUGGUGCAAAUGCUGACCUACAAGAGUCCCUCUCAAACUCUAGCCAUUGUCGAGAAUUCUGGUGGCAUACUUAGAAACAUAUCUAGUCACAUUGCCAUCAGAGAAGAUUACCGGGCCAUACUGAGGGCGCAUGGCUGCCUUCAGGUGUUGCUGCAGCACUUGAAGAGCCCCUCUCUCACAGUGGUGAGCAAUGCCUGCGGGACUCUCUGGAAUCUAUCCGCGAGGUGUCCCGAGGACCAAAGGGCUCUUUGGGAGAUGGGUGCUGUCGGCAUGCUGAAGAGUUUAGUCAACUCUAAGCACAAGAUGAUUUCGAUGGGCUCAAGUGCUGCUCUGAAAAAUCUUCUGGGAGCAAGACCGCCUGGUGCUACUCCGCUUGAGCACCGGAACAGCCAAGGAAUGCCGGUGCUGUCUGUGAGGAAACAGAAGGCUCUGGAGCAGCAGCUGGACCAUAAUUUGUCAGAGACUUGUGACAAUAUUGAGCCAGCCAGCCCCAACAAGACGUCUCCAUCUUCCAGGGACGACAAGUAUGUUUUUGCAAACACAGAAAGAGAGUUUGACCGAAGACAUAGAAUGUACCAAUCCCUAAACACCGGCAGCACAAGCAAGAGAUUCCCACGUUCAGACAGCCGAGAGUCUGUGAAAAGCGACUCUGUGUGUGAUCGAAUGAAAGAGCGUAAAGUAGCUCCCCUCACGACCAACCGCAGCUUGGAUUUGCAGCUGAAUCUGGAGGACAGCGUCCAACAGCCGCAGGCUAUUGAAGGCACGCAGAGCGAGGGUGUCACUCCAGAAGAUGAAGAGCAAGAAUCACUCAAGGAGCAGGUGUCUGUAGAUGACAAAGAAAAAAGUCCAGAGGUUCGGCCACCACAGUACCAAAAUUAUGUUUACGAGGAAGGAGAUUUCCAACCUGUCAACUAUGGAUUGCAGUUUGCAGAAAAGCAUGAUGAGAGCAGGCGGUACAACAGGAUUUACAGUACUUACGCAGAGACUGACUUGGACAACUUUGAUCAACCAACUAACUAUGGCGAGAGGUACAAAGAAGAUGAGGAGGAGGAGGAGGAUGAUUAUCAACACACAGCAGCUCAUGUAGACUCUGUGAAAACCUAUUGCACAGAAGGAACGCCUCUCGUUUUCUCAACAUCUACCUCAAUAUCUGAUCUUAAGGAGGCGGUUGCUAAUGAAGAGAAAAUAAAAAAAGUUGUCUCUUCACCAGCAGCUCCCUCUGGCACUAUGACAUCAGAGAAACGGACACAAUACUGCGUUGAAGACACUCCUAUUUGCUUGUCCAGAGGAAGCUCACUCAGCUCUCUUCAUUGCUCAGAAGGAGUUGCAGAAAGCAUUCCUGACGUACACCUGGAGGAUCCCAAGGUUGACGAACCAGAACCGUCUCCGCCAAAGAGUGUUCCAGAAAAGGUCCUUGAAACUCCUUUGGUGUUCUCAAGGUGCAGCUCUGUGGCAUCGCUGGCCUCGUUUGAGCAGCACUCGAUUCAUGACGAUCGCAGCUCCAUUGUCAGCGACUUCAGUAGACUAACAUCGGGCAUGAUUUCUCCAUCAGAGCUUCCAGAUUCUCCAACGCAAACGCAGCCGUCAAGCCCCAAGGCACUCAAAGCUCCCAUGCAAAUACCGCAAAUACCAACUUCAACCCCAAGAGCUGCUCCCAGAGCUGGUCCUUCUCAACCUCAACCGUCUCCUCGCACAAAGGUCACUCAAGGUGAAGAAGACGAGGAGAAACAGGACAAAGAGAAGGAGUUGGCGACAGUUAGUGAAGAAGAGGAAGGUGGCGACGAAGACGAUGGAGGUCUAUUGGACGCCUGCAUUUCUAUUGGCCAGCAGCGCGUCACGUCCACAGCUCCAAGGCCUCGGAUCGCAAGGCAGAAGAUCAGCGUCAGCGGAGUCCCCACCCGGAAUCCUGGAGUCCCCAUCCGGAAUCCCGGAGUCCCCAUCCGGAAUACUGGAAUCCCCACCCGGAUUCCCCGUCGCCUACCUCAAGCCCAGCCAGUGUCUUUUGACGCCUGCGCUGAUACUGUGCAGACAUUCUGCACGGAAGACACUCCCAUCAGUCACGCUAGCUCGCAUUCUAACCUCUCAGAUCUCUUAUCUCGUGGAAGUGUAGAUGGCGAUUCACUUGUCGAUGAAGCUAUAAAGAAUGCCAGUACUCAAGUUAGUUCCGCGGAAAGUUCAAUGUCUGAUGAUAACGAACACAUCCUUGCCGAAUGCAUACAGUCAGGGAUGCCAAAGGCUAAAGGCAGUGCAAAGCGGAAGCGACCGACUAGAACAGCUUUCAGGGACGAAGUCAAAACGUUUGCUGUGGAGGACACGCCCUUUGAUCUCUCAACAGCAACCUCAUUGAGCGACCUCACCAUGAAUUCUGCUCCCAGGAUUGUUGAAGGACAGUGCUACACCCCCAUUAGAUAUGCAACUGAAGACACACCUGCCGCAUUUUCCCAUGCAUCGUCAUUGAGUUCUUUGCAUAUUGAAGACGGUGAAGUCUGCAAACCUCUUGGUGAAGCUUGGGGCAUCAACAACGCAGCCGCAAGUUCUGCCUCAGAGGAAGUGGUCACCGUGGUUUCACGGAACGGCUCUCUGAGCUCCCUCAGCGCUGACAAUGAGUCUCUAGGCGCAGAACCUAGUCCCUCUGACAAAGCGCUUUUGGAGCAGUGCAUUAGCAUGGGAAUGAGCAAAAGCAAGGGCGAUCUCUUUACCAGACCCAAGCGCAAAACCAGCACUACCAAAGCCGUUUCUCCAGAUCUUAUCAAAGACUUAGACUUGGCAACUCCCACCAACCCCACCUUCGACACCCUCUCGGAGGAGGCUAAAAACGUGAUUGCGACCGCCAUUAAUAUUACGGCGGCUGAAGACAUCGUCACCCCCACCGCUGUAGGAGGAGAGACAACUUCCUCCUCUAGCAAAACGACGCCAGACGAUGUUGUUCAACCCUCAAAAGUAAUGACUGACACUUGGACUGCAGACUCGCCUCUCUCAGUUUCAUUCCCAAGUCUAAGUGGGAGUGUACCGCUGGCAUCCUCGCAGGAUGAGGAUAAAAUUGAGGAAAAGUUCAUUGUGAGCCGAUCGAUGGAGGGUAUCUUGGAGUUGGAGGCUGGCCUUGUGGUCAAAGCUUUGGCUGAUGAAGCCUCCUCAGAAUCUCUGUUGGAAGUGACGAAACCACCGCCAAAUAUGUUUGGAAGUACUACCUCCACCAGCCUCUCAAAUGGACGAAUGCCUGCAGCAGUUCUCAGAGCUCUAAGUGGAGACUACAUUGAGAACUUGGUUCUGAGUGGCACUUCCAGUUGCACUUCUCACUUAGAAAAUGUGAAACCACCAGCAGCAUUUGAAGAGAUUGAUAUGGAAAACAGCAUGAUCAGUGUUGCUAGCAUUACAUCUGAAGUGGCAGGCGAAGCGCAAAAAGUGAGCAGCGGUGAAUCGGACAAUAUUUUUGAUCUGAUGAGGCCAGCCGCUACCAUGGCGGAAAUUUACUGCAGGGCAGCGUGCGCAGCUGCAGCCGCUCAUAGCUUCAGUGAAAAUCUAGACAGCGUGAAUCCGCCUUCUCUUCUCCAAGAGCUAACUGAAACUCUUGAGCCGCUGAGCGAAACUCUAGGAUCAGACACUGAGCCAGAAGAUCUACCUCCAGAUCAUUCCAAUGAGUCAACGCCCAAACAAAAGAGGAGGAGCACCCCCAAGGAGAGGAGGCAGGCUAUGAAAGAAAGAUACAACACUUACACAAUCGACGAUGAAGUUUCUAAGAGGCCAGACAAGCUGGACUUACACAAGACAAGCAGGCAAAGAAGACAGGAAGAGCCGGAAAGAUUCCUAACCCAGACUAUUGAAACUCCCACUCUGGUGAAAACCCCCAAGCAGAGGCGUCAGGAUGACAAGGAAAGGUACUUGACGCAAACUGUGCAGCUGCUUCCUGAUGAACCUCAGCAGAACGGCCAGGAAGAGCUCCACUCUGAUAGUGAGGAGGAUGCAAAGCCUAAAAUCGUGAAGCCGACUGAAGAGAGCAGUCCGAAAACCAUUCGCGGCCGCAGGAAAGCCCUUUACUCGAGGCCAGCUGCCUAUGCAAAGCCUCCAACUGCUCCCAAGAAUCCCGCUGGGCCUUCCAUCAGGCCUACUCGAGCUUCAGCCCUUCGCCAACGUAGUAGUUCCCCCAGGGCUCACUCCGCACCCACACCGAAGAAAACAAACGCACCACAGACUGCUUCCCCAGCGACCCCUAAAACCCCUCGAACGCCAAGCACCCCUGGCGCUCCCAAGUCUCUUGGGGCUACUGUAAAACCCAUAAAACCCGUGGUAGCUGCAAAAACCGCAACUGGAAUAGUCAAAGCAGCCCCCAAGGCGCCCAACAACAGUCCAGAUGGAGCGGCCAAGUCGUCUGAACCGCCAAAGCUCGUGAAGCAAGGCACCUUCACUAAAGACUCCUCGGACACCAAAGUGUCCAAGAUCCCAGUUAGGUCUCCGAGCGCCGACACCAUCACUGCUGCACCCGCCUUCCGCCCCCAGCUUGAAGCCAAAGUCGCCCCCAAAAGCCGACUGAUGCGCCGAGACGCGGUCGGCCCGUCAAAGGAGUUCAAAGCGCCGCAGCCGAAACCUCGGUCGCCGCUGCCGACCAGAAGGAUCGCAGUCGGGGGACUGAAGACUUCCCUGAGCAACAACAGCAUCCAGUCUGAGGCGGCUGCCGCGCCACUCAAGGUGAAAACCAACUCGAAUCCCAGCCUGAACGGUCCCCCCAAGAGGAAGGAGGCCAUUUCGAGGAUCGCCUCGCUGUGGAAGAAGGUGGACGUCUCCCUGCAGCAGCAAAAGCACAGUGCCAAGUUCGGGCCCAAGGACAUGAGGAAAUGGAUCACCGCCGAGGCCGAGCAAGGCGAGCAGGGCCCCUCGCAGGGAAACCCGAAGCCCCCCGCCCGCAGCGCGACUUUUGAGAAGCCCGCUGCCGGCAAACUGUCCAUCUUCAACGGGGGGCCCACAGCCUCGAGAGCGGCCAUUGUGCCGCCGUUUAACUACAGCCCGCCGCCCCCGGCCACGGGGACGAAGGAGGAGGCGGCUGCCGCAGCCGGCUCAGUGCGGGUCACCUCAGUGUGAGCCAUUCCGCAGCGACUGACUGUACAUAAAUUGCCACUUACUUGUUAAUGAAUCUAGAUUUUUUGAAAACCUUAAUUCUGUGAUUAGUUAAUAUUAAUUGAGAUCAGCUUAAUCCCGACAUCACUACUUAAAAUCUACACAGCUUCAAGAAAGGAGUGCAGCUU